AUGCAUUCCUCAAUGUUGAAGAAAGCUCUCUAUGGUCUCAAACAAGCCCCUCGUGCUUGGUUUCAGCGCUUCGGUUCCUUUAUUAUUCGCCUUCGAUUUUCUUGCAGCCGUGCGGACACAUCUCUAUUUGUCUUUCAUCAAAAGUCCGAUAUUAUCUAUUUACUUCUUUAUGUUGAUGAUAUCAUUAUUACAGGCAACAAUUCUUCACUUCUUGCCCGCUUCACUCGUACACUUAACUCUGAGUUUGUCACUAAAGACUUAGGCUCUCUCAGCUAUUUUCUUAGUCUUGAAGCCACUCCAACUUCUGAUGGUCUCUUCAUCAGUCAGCUCAAAUAUGUACGGGACAUUCUUACUCGAGCUCAAUUACUUGACAGUAAACUUGUUCACACGCCCAUGAUUGUUUCUCAACAUCUUUCUGCUGAUGGUUCUCUGUUUUCAAACCCUACUCUAUAUAGAUCCCUCGUCGGUGCACUACAGCACUUGACUAUCACAAGGCCCGACAUUGCUCAUGCUGUCAACUCUGUCAGUCAAUUCUUACACGCUCCCACUAAUGAUCACUUUCUGGCUGUUAAACGCAUCCUCCGCUAUGUUAAAGGCACCAUUCACUAUGGCCUACAUUUUCGCCCUUCCACUUCUCCUGGUGCUCUUGUAGCCUAUUCUGAUGCUGAUUGGACCGACUGCCGGAUACUCGUCGUUCGACCUCUGGUUAUUCUAUCUUCUUGGCGACAAUUUAGUUUCCUGGAGUGCCAAGAAACAGCCGACUGCCCUAACCUACAGCCAGAGAUGAAGUUCAAUGAAUGGGAUUCCGGCAUAUUGAAAGUAAUCCUUUCCCGACUUAAGAUGAUAUAUUUGUCUUUCUUCACUUAUGGCUUAGUUGAAUGUGGAUGGUCACUUGGCAACCCCGACUGGCUGCUUGACCUUCACUUGAGUUGUGCUAAUUGA